AUGCUUACAAAUACAGACCAUAUGUUUAAAAGAAGAUAAUACAUACUCUAUAAAUAUGCACACAUGCCUUUUCUUGUAUGUUGCUCCUUCUCACAACAUUUUUCUUUUGAUCCAAAGUAGAAAGCCACACACAUGUAUCAGACACUGAUAACAGAUAGAUAUAUAGAUAGAUGCUUUCCUUAAUGAAUCCCCCCUCUCUCCCUUGCUCACUUUGAAUUUGUUCCAUCCAUUAUAUAUAUUUAUAUAUAUAUUAUUUAUAUAUAAGUAGCCUCGCUUUGUAAAGUAAUUAUCAGUAGCUAGGGUUACUUGAAUAAUAUAAUUUUUAAGAAGAGGAGCAUAAAGAAAUCAGGAUGGGAAGAGGUAGGGUUCAGCUCCGACGGAUCGAGAACAAGAUAAGCCGGCAAGUCACGUUUUCGAAACGUCGAUCGGGUUUGCUGAAGAAGGCUCAUGAGAUCUCAGUUCUGUGUGAUGCCGAGGUCGCUCUCAUUGUCUUCUCUACUAAAGGAAAGCUCUUUGAGUACUCCACUGAUUCAAGUAUGAACUCAAUUUUGGAAAGGUAUGAGAGGUACUCUUCUGCAGAGAGACAGCUUACUGGACCAGGUGAUGAAGUCAGUCAGGAAAAUUGGACUCUUGAGUUCCCCAGACUCACAGCUAAGAUGGAAGUCCUGCAACGGAACAUAAGGCAUUAUAUGGGAGAAGAGCUGGAUCCUUUAAGCCUUAGAGAGCUCCAAAGUUUAGAGCAGCAGCUUGACACUUCUCUUAAACGUAUACGGACUAGAAAGAACCAACUUAUGCAAGAAUCGAUUUCAGAGCUUCAGAAAAAGGAAAGAGCUUUACAGGGGCAAAACAAUCAGCUGGCAAAAAAGAUGAAGGAGAACGAGAAGAUAACAACGGCUGAACGUGAGCCAGAAAAUCCAGGCCAAACUUCAUCUCAGCCUCUCCCUCCACCACCAUUUCCUCCUUUAUCAAUGAGCGGAACAUUCCAGGCAUUAGGAACCAUGAAAGAAGCUAGAGUCCAAGCUUCUGCAAGUACCAGUUCACUCAUGCCGCCAUGGAUGCUUAGCCAUCUUAACCGAUGACAAAAGAUGGACCCCCAUUUGCCCUUGGCUAUUAUAUAAGUAAUAAUAUAUGUAUUGAUUGGCAUCAAUGCUGAUGUAUAGUAUGAGAUUUCUACUAGAUACUGCACUUGUUUUCAGCAUAUAUUGACAGUUCAAACUGGCAUCUACUUCCUGAAAUAUAAAUUACAGGAGUUACUGGACC